AUGCGUCUCCAUCUGAUCAUUCUGCGCCACGGCCUGCCCGCCACGCGCAUCCUCUGGACAACCUCUUCGACGCCGUCCUUUCACGCCUCGGGCCCGGGGGUGCCGUACGGUGGGCCGCCGGCCUCGUCAUCCGCCAUCGCGUCGACUCGUUACCCCAACAGCGCGUACGGAAAUGGAGGCUACACAAUCGCCCAGCUGUUGGAGGAUGUGAACGAGGUUAUCCCGCUGGAGACGGAAGGCAAGGCUGCGGGCGAGAAUGAUGAGUUCGGCGGGCAAUGGGGCUUGGAAGACUACGUUGUUGAAGUCGGCGGUUUCGAGUGUCUGCAUUUCAUGGAGGUUGAGGGAUUACUGAGAGAUGGGGAUGAAGUAGUGAUUCGCGCCCUUCAGACCUCAGACCUGCGAGCCAGGCGCAUCUCUGGUCGUCAUCAAAUCACGGCCGACGGCAGACAUUUGAUUGACGGAGUCCCAUUCGGUAGACCAUAUCUGAAGCGUUCGACUUCUUCUAGGCCCGCUAGCCGAAUUCCUCCAAGGAAGAGAAGGCGUACGAUUAUCUCCGGCUGGAAUGACGAGUUUCGUGAUGAUGAGGAGGACGAUGCCGACUGGCCUGACGUGAAUACGGGAAGAAAGCCUACCUUGCUUGAAGAAGAUUCAAUCCAUUCGUCAGACCAAGGAACCGUAAUUAGACACCCUACGAGCGGUUUCGAGGAUGUGCAGGGAUCAGACAGUGAUGCAGAUACGUCAGAUAUCGACCCUGAGGAGCUGAAUGAAGAACUGAAGGAUCUGAGAGAGGAUCUCGACGCUGCCGAAGCCCAAGAAGCCGCAGAUCCGGAAAGCCCGCGUGCAACCCGGUCAGGUCGAGUGUCACGUUUAAGACAUCGUGGUCCUGCUCAGGCAGCCGCCGAUUCAAGUCCUUCCCGUGCAUCAUCUGCUUCUGCUGCCCACCCCCGCAGUGACAGCGUUGCAGAACCUUCACCAAAGUCAUCCAAGAAUGUCCGAUUCCAGAAGGUAUCCGACAGCGAGGAUUCAGUUACAUCAUCAGUAUCGGACGAAUCGGAAGAAGCAGAGGAGUCUCCAGAGGAGUCUUCAGAGACCGAGGAAGAGUCCAGUUCAGAAGAAGAGACCGAAUCCAGUUCGGAAGCUGAAUCUACAUCAGAGGCUGAGUCCAGUGAUACUUCUGAUGCUAGUAGUUCCGUUUCUACAACUGAUACGAGCGACACAACGUCAGUAUCUGAUUCGGAAUCGGAAUCAGAACCCGAAAGGGUAUCUCCACCUAAGCCAAAGGUUCAGCCUAAAAUCAACCCCCCGGGUAAAGGGUCUCUGAGGACUAAGAAGAGCAACCGCCGGAACAAACUACGAAGACGAUUGGCAAAAUUGAAGCAGCUCGGCUACUUGCCGCCGAAUGCUAACUUCGCAGACCUGCGAGCCUGGGAGGCGGCCCAUGGCGGUGGAGGGCCUCUGACGGAGGUCAAAGAUCUCGGUGAAAGCAGAAGCUCUCAAGCCCGCGAGCAGUCGGAAUUCGAAGCACGGAGACAGCAACUACUUCGUCAGCUCGAAUCUGGCGGCAUCGAUGGAAACGAAAAUACACUAAAGGAGCCACAAGGUAAUGCAGUUGCCGAACCUGUUGCGGAGGUAGCAGCCGAUGCUACCGUCGAAGAAACUCCAGAGACCGCGAAAAGACGAAAGCUCGACGUGGCGGGCUCGAGACGCCUCGUUUUUGGGUCACUAGGAGUGAAAGCCCCCAAAUCCAAGGAGGACGAAGAAGCCACCCGGCAGAAGCUCGCAGGACCGCCUAGGCCUCAGGCCCUUCCGCAGAAAGACGUCGAACAAGCUGCCGACGAAGGGACAGGAAGUGACCUAGACGAGAACUGGCAGGAGAAACUAGUUGUCAAGGCCACCGAAUGCGUUUACGAGGACAUCAACUUGAACCCUCCUGGUUUCCCGUUCAAGCAACGUUGGGAUGCUGAAGCACGGGAGAUGAUCCGCCAACGCAGAAAUAAUGGGAAUGGAGGUGGAAAUGGAAAAAAGAAACGGAAGCGAAAGAAUCGGGAUUGGCAGGAGGAAGGGUGGUAUGACGGGGCCAACGAGGAUUACGCCAACGGCGAUGCUCAGCUUGAGUAUGAUGAGCAGCCAUCACAAGUAAAUGGGGCUGCAGAAGACACUACUGGGGACCAGGGGGCGCCUUCUACGGACGAUCUUCCUUUGCUCCCAGACGACCUGACCUCAGUCCCAGACCUCGUGGAGGAUGAAGUCAGACAAGGAGCCAUCAUUGCCUUUAAGCAACUCGACAUGUCCAAGGCGACGAACUGGCAACCACAGAUAUCCAAGUAUCGAGUGGCCGAGGUGGACAGCGUGAUGGAGGACGGCACCAUCAGCGUCCGCCUGGCGAAGCGUGAUCGGGAGCGACGCGAAGAGAAUGUGAAUGAGGAUGGUGUGCGGGAGUAUAGUGGAUUCGAGAUGCCUGGGUUCGAGGAUGAGGUGUCUGAAGAUGAUGGCUUCCGCAAGGUAUCGUUCGGAGAGCUUAUUGAACCGAAGCUUCUCCGACCGGCAGAGCGUGCAGCCGCACAGGUUGAGGUGAAUGGAAAAGACGCCAGCCCCUCCGACAGAGAAGAUGCCUCCGCCCCUGCCUCCGCCCCUGAUGAUGGCCGCAGGGCAGCUGCGGAAGCCAUUACCCCGGCUGUCGAGGUUGAACUGCCCACGAUCUCGACUCAAACAGGAAAUGAAAUCUCCGAGAUGAUCCGUGAUGCUGGGUUUCGAUCGACCCUUGACUCGGAGCUGCAGGAACCGGACUUACUCAAGAUCCAAGCGGAGUCGAACCAUCAAGACACGGCAGAAGGUGAACCCAGCCCGGUCGUCCGGUCGCCAGCGUUUGCAGGAUUCUCUUCCAGUCCUCCAGAAGUCGAAUCCUCUCGGCCUGGUACUGGCGAUGCGCAAUCUCGUCCUCAUUCCCCUGCACGUUCACCUUCUGCACUUGCCGAUGAUGGGGAGGCUGGUCAAGACGACCCGACGAAGCCACCAACCUCAUACCAGAUUCCACGAAGUUCCGGCUCCGACGCGGCCGCAGAGUCUCAACCCGUUGUUGACUAUCCUCAGCUCCCUAGCCUCUCUGACCAACCAGAGGACCCAGCUGGCACCUCCAACCGUCUGGACGAUACCGUAGAAAACGUCAGCGACGGCGAGCAUGUAGGUUCGCCGCAAGAGCCCAGCGCAUCCGCUAUGGAGGAACCUGUCGUGGUUCUGACUUCGCCUCGUGCUGAUGCUGUGCGUGAAACCCCUUCCAGCCAUUCAGACGCCAGCUCGACGGUGCCAAACCCAUUCUGCCUUAAAGACCGGGCUUAUGAGGAACGUUUUCAGCAGGCAAUAGACAAGUCUCAAGGCUCUGAGACGUUGGAUGACCCUCUCGUUGGCGGAGAGUCUUCUUUCGAGCUUCCUAGCGUUGAGACGAUCUUCAGAUCUACCGCGCCGGCGCGCUCUACGAGAAAGCUGGAUUCGCCGACUCCGAAGAGCAAGCGUAACGCAUUAUCCUCGCCACGCCAACGGUCACCUUCGCCGCCUAUGAUGAGUGGUGGCCGAGCCCUCGUUGGCGAGGAGGUUCGCAGCACCUCGCCGCCAGUGACAACCCAAGUAAUCGUUGACCUCACCCGGUCAAGCCCGCCCGAAUCUCCCGGGGGAAGCGACGAGGAUUAUGCUCGAUCACGGGGCCUCCCGAGGGGACCGGGCUGGGUUCAAAAGAACGUUCCUGCUACGCGAAGACACACGCGCUCGUCGACUGGCACUCAUGGGCUGGACCUCGAGAGCAGCAGCCCUCCGCGGCGGAGACGAGCAGGAUUGCGGCGAAGUGGGUAG